AUGGAAGCACCCAGCGAUGUCAAGGAUCGCCUUCGUGCAUCUUACAAUGCCAUGGCUUCGCAAUACAAUACCUGGACCGAACGCCAUCAUCACCUGCGUCAAAAGUACCUCAAUGAACUUAUCGCCCACUGUCCAGAGCUUGUCACUACCAGUGACGGCAAGAAACACGAGGUUCUCGAGCUGGGAUGUGGUUCUGGGGAUCCCUUCCUCUCCACCUUGCUCUCGCGGGCCCCUGCACAUGCCAAUGACCUAUCGGAUGUGCAACUUGAUCUCGCACGCAAGAACCUCGCAGCUCAUGAAGGUCGCGCUACUUUCUACCCUGGCGACAUGAUGAAGCUGGAGUUUGCACCUGAGUCUCUCACGGCAGUCGUCGCCCUGUACAGCAUCAUCCAUCUCCAGCAGGAGGAGCAGAAGGAAGUUUUUCGCCGCAUUGGGAGCUGGCUUGCGCCUGGGGGUGUUUUUCUAUCUACAUUUGACACGAACAAGGAGUCUGGCAUUGUGAUUGACAAAUGGCUCGACGACAAGGGGUGGAUGUUCUGGAGUGGUCUUGGAAAGGAUGAGACAGUUGCGGCUUUGCAGGCGAGCGGAUUGAAAGUUGAGACAGCUGCGUUGGAGGGAGAUGAAGAGGAAAAGUUUCUCUGGGUUAUUGCUAAAAAGGUGUGA